GGCAAACUGCAAUUUUCUAAUGACUGCACUUCGAUAAAAAAUCAGAACCCGGAAGCGACCUCUGGUGUGCACACAAUAUAUCCUGAAGACAAAAAGGCAGAGAGAGUGUAUUGUGAUAUGAAUACAGAUGGAGGUGGAUGGACAAUUAUCCAGAGAAGAAUAGAUGGAUGGUUUCAAUUCCAGAGACCAUGGAUAGAUUAUGAAAAUGGAUUUGGAAUUGUUGAUGAGGAAUACUGGUUUGGAAACAAACACAUUCAUAGCCUGACAUCCAGUGGUAAAUAUGAACUGAGAAUAGAUCUGACGGACCUGUCCAAUAGAAAGAAGUAUGCUGUGUAUAAAACGUUUGUUGUUGGAGAUGCAGCGUCUAGGUACAAACUUACUGUUGGGGAUUAUAUUGGAACUGCAGGUGAUAGCAUGACUAUCCAGAAUGGAAUGAAGUUUUCUACGAUAGACCAGGAUAAUGAUUUAGAUAGUGGAGCUGAUUGUGCGAAAACUUAUGGGGCAUGGUGGCACAACCAUUGCGGCGCUAGUUGUCUUAACAGGAGAUUCAUCAGCAACUUGUGUUGGCGUUCUUUCAGCAGAAACUCAGCCAAAACGUCAGUAAUGAUGUUACGAAAAUUGAAGUAA